GGAAAAUGGCGAUAGGACUCAAAUCGUUAAGAACUAUUGCGGACAUCUCGUGUAUUAUUGAUAAAGAAAAAGAGUAAAUUUCGAAUAUUUUUAAAGUGGAAAGUGAUAAAUAAAUGUUGUAAUUGUGAUUUGGACAAAUCUAAAUAUGGAAAAUCUCGUUAAUAAAGAUAACUUUGCGCAAGAGAAUCAGAAAGAUUCUGUAAAUUUGGAAUGUGUUGAUGUCAAUGCAUUAGGCGGAAAUGCUAGCGCAACUUCACCUAACAAUCAUGUUUCGGAGCAGCAGCAGCUGCAAAAUCAACCACAAAAGACCAAACGCAAACAUCGGAGGGGCAAGCCAAAGCCCAAAAAUGCAAACAAACCAUACAAAAAUUGGAAAUUUCAGGUACCGCGACAAAAUUUCAAUGGAUGUGGUGGUGGUAUGAACAACAGGAAUGGAGCACGACCAAAGAUCUUGCGAUCACGGUCAUUGGUGCCAUACAAUACGAAUAAAUUUCUUAUGGAAGAGCAUUUGGCGGAAGUGCCAAGUUCGCUGCUAACACCCUCUGGUCGUACACGCGAUUCAAGCUUUUCUGUCGAUUCGGAAGAUAAUUACUUCUUCUCAUUGCCAGAAGAUGAGGAGGAAUUUCUAACAAAGGAGUUUGCUAAUGUCUAUGAAAAAGCUCGAGUUGAACGAUUGGAAAAUUUGACUAAACAGCAACUAAUAGAGGAAUGUUUACAAAUUGAGGAUCGAUACUCAUCAGAUCAAGGACGUCAGCAACAAUUAAAUGCACAACGUAUUAGUUCAGAAUAUAUGUCGAAAAUACGAAUUUUGGAGGAAAAAGUACGAGAACUUUCACGUGAAAAUUAUAAUUUACGUUGUCAAUUAAUGCGUUCGGCGGCAAUGGCCGUGGCGGCUUCACCUCCCUCUGCUGCACCACCAACGGGAGCUGCUUGUCAACCCACACCAAUGGACUCUUCUAGUGUUGAUAGUGAAAGUGACAGUUCUAGUUCUUCCUCUUCUUCGUCUUCGUCCAACAAAAGUGCAGGAGUGCAACGUAAUAACAAUGUACGACAAAGACGAUUUCGACGAAGCUGUUCUUCACGUAGUUCCUUAAGUGAUUAUCGAGCUUCUAAUGAAAACGAUCCUAUGGAAAGUGAUGAAGGAGAUAAUAUAGUGGCAGGUGCUAAUCUUGCUGAUGUAAAUGCCGAAAAUAAAUCUGUACCAGCUUUGGCAAAUUUUAAUUGUGAAGGACGCCAAUCAAUUGCAAACGAUGAAAACAUUAUUGGUGAUGCAGAAAUGGAGGAUGACUUCCCAUCAUUUUCUCCUAUUUUAGAGAGCGUAGAUACUGCGGUACAACCUUUAGAGGAUGCAAAAACAGCUGCUUUAGAAGCACCUUCGUAUAACAAAAUUGGGGAAGCAGCCGAUAGCGCCGAGCACAAUUGAACAUAAUAUCGCGAAUAUAAGUAUUUAUCUUUUUCAUAUUUUGCCGUACUAUCUAAUUUUCCAAAAAUCUAAAACAUGACAUUUAUUCGCAGUAAUUUUUUUUAAUGAAUCUUUCAAACAUAAAG